CUCUCUGAAUAGGAGAAAAUGGAUGGUACAGAUUAUAGUGAGUCAACAAAUGUCAUUACAGAGGACUAUGGUGAGAUGGAUUAUGUGGAACCAUGUCAAAUGACAAAAAACAACAGUGUGGAGACAGUGGUGCGACUCUACAUCCACUCUGUCAUCUGCAUCCUGGGUUUACUGGGCAACAUCCUGGUGAUCGUCACCUACGCCUUCUACAAGAAGACCAAGUCCAUGACGGACGUUUACCUUCUGAACGUGGCCAUAGCCGACAUGUUGUUUGUGGCGGCUCUGCCCCUGAUCAUCUACAAUGAGCAGAGUGACUGGGCCAUGGGGAUGGUGGCCUGUAAGAUUCUCAGAGGGGCCUACAGUGUCAACCUGUACAGUGGUAUGCUGCUUUUAGCCUGUAUUAGCACCGACCGGUACAUCGCUAUUGUCCAGGCCCGCCGCUCCUUCAGGCUCCGCUCCUUCACUCUCUUCUACAGCCGCAUCAUCUGUGCUACAGUCUGGUGCCUGGCCCUGCUCCUCUCUGUCCCCACCUUUGUCUACUACGAGCGUUAUGUGCCUGCACACAGCUUCUACAAUGUAAGUGAGAAUGGAUUCUAUGAUUACAGCAAUGCUAUGACACCUGUUGGUCUGAAGAACCCUAUAUCCUCAGAGUCAGAAGAGGACUCUGUGAUUUGCAACUUCAGGUUCCCGGACAUUGCCACGGCCCGCCACAUGAAGGUCCUGGUCCCCAGCACCCAGAUGGCGGUGGGCUUCCUCUUGCCUCUGUUGGUCAUGGGAUUCUGCUACGCCAGCGUCAUCAUCACCCUGCUGCGCGUCAAGAACUUCCAGAGACAUAAGGCAGUGCGCGUGGUGCUGGCCGUUGUGGUGGUGUUCAUUGCCUGUCAUCUGCCCUAUAACGCUGCCCUGCUCUACGACACGGUCCACAUGUUCAACCCCCAGUUUUGCGGGGAGAUGGACACCACCCAAGUGGCCAAGACGGUGACGGAGACGGUGGCCUACCUGCACUGCUGCCUUAACCCGGUGCUGUAUGCCUUCAUCGGGGUGAGGUUCAGGAACCACUUCAAGAAGAUUGUGGAGGAUGUGUGGUGCGUGGGGAAGAGGGUCAUGAACGUCCGACGCUUCUCCAAGGUCAAGUCCGAGAUCUACGUCUCCACCGCCCGCAGGUCUGUGGACGGAUCCUUUACCGACAAUGCAUCCUCUUUCACCAUGUGA